GCGGGCGUGUGUGCGUGUCUCCUCUUCUCUGUCGUCCUUCUCCGCGUCGGAGCGCUCCGUCCUCUCUAACAAACUCUCUGCCUUGCUUCUCCCCCGCCCCGUGGGCUUCUGCUUUGUGGAUGUUGGCGGCUUCUUGUUGUGACAGGAGGAUGUGUGUGUGCCCCGGGCCCAGGCGCAUCGCAAUUCCAGUCCGAAGCUCCAGGCUGCCAUUGUUGUCUGAUGCCAUGCCAGCACCAGCUCAUCUGUUUCCGUUGAUUCGUAACUGUGAGAUUAGCAGAAUAUGCAGUACUGUGUGUUACUGCCAUCAUAAACAUCUGUGUUGUUUAUCAUCUCAUUUUGCUCACAGUCACUUCAGAUAUGCACCUCAGAAGAAAUUUGCAGCACUUUGUAGGCCAAAGGAGAACUUUAAUCGCUUUAUUCACACGAGGGAUUACGCUUCUACGCCACAGAGAUUUUACCUCACUCCUCCGCAGGUCAACAGCAUUCUGAAGGCAAAUGAAUACAGUUUCAAAGUCCCAGAAUUUGAUGGUAAAAAUGUAAGUUCUGUGCUUGGCUUUGAUAGCAACCAGUUGCCUGCUAAUGCUCCGAUAGAAGACCGAAGGAGUGCUGCGACUUGCUUACAGACAAGAGGGAUGCUGCUGGGUGUGUUUGAUGGCCACGCAGGUUGUGCUUGUGCUCAAGCUGUCAGCGAAAGAUUGUUUUACUACAUUGCUGUCUCUUUGUUACCUCAUGAGACUUUACUUGAGAUAGAAAAUGCUGUGGAAAGUGGCAGAGCUCUGUUGCCUAUUUUGCAGUGGCACAAGCAUCCCAAUGAUUAUUUUAGCAAAGAAGCUUCCAAGCUUUACUUCAAUAGUCUAAGAACGUACUGGCAGGAGCUCAUUGAUCUCAACAGUGGAGAGACUACUGAUGUGAAAGAAGCCUUAAUUAAUGCUUUUAAGAGGCUUGAUAAUGAUAUUUCUUUGGAAGCUCAAGUAGGAGAUCCAAAUUCAUUUCUCAACUACCUAGUACUGCGAGUAGCGUUUUCUGGUGCAACUGCCUGUGUGGCCCAUGUGGAUGGUGUUGAUUUGCAUAUUGCAAACACAGGUGACAGUAGGGCAAUGCUUGGAGUUCAGGAAGAAGAUGGGUCUUGGUCUGCAGUUAAUUUGUCCUAUGACCACAAUGCACAAAAUGAGCAUGAAGUGAAACGUGUGAAAAUGGAGCAUCCAAAGUCUGAAGAGAAAAGUCUCGUGAAACAAGAUCGUCUGUUAGGCCUCCUGAUGCCUUUCAGAGCUUUUGGUGAUGUGAAGUUUAAAUGGAGUAUUGAACUACAGAAGAGAGUAGUAGAAUCGGGUCCAGAUCAGCUGAAUGACAAUGAAUAUACAAAGUUUAUUCCUCCAAACUAUCACACUCCCCCUUACCUCACAGCUGAGCCAGAAGUCAUAUAUCACAGAUUACGGCCACAGGAUAAGUUCCUCGUUUUGGCCACAGAUGGGCUGUGGGAGACUAUGCACAGGCAAGAUGUGGCUAGAAUUGUAGGAGAGUACCUCACUGGUGUUCACCACCAGCAGCCUAUAGCUGUUGGUGGCUAUAAGGUAACUUUGGGACAGAUGCAUGGUCUCUUGGCAGAAAGGAGAGCAAGAAUCUCUUCGGUAUUUGAAGAUCAGAAUGCAGCAACUCACCUGAUACGUCAUGCAGUGGGUAACAAUGAGUUUGGCACUGUGGAUCAUGAGCGACUAUCCAAGAUGCUUAGUCUUCCAGAAGAGCUGGCUCGAAUGUAUAGAGAUGACAUUACAAUUAUCGUGGUGCAGUUCAACUCACAUGUUAUAGGUGCAUGUCAAAAUGAGGAACUGUGAAUAUAGUGAACUAGUUACCAAAGUUUUAGCAAUGGCCAGUAUGAGCAGCAAAUAAAAAAUAACCACCCAACAAGAAAAACCCGAAAAACCUCUUGGCAAACAAAUCAAUUGCUUGUUAGAUUCAACAUAUCUAUUGUUCCUGACUUCCCCCACAUGUCUAAAUAAAUGGGAAGUGCUGUUGACCUAAUACAAUCUUGAAGAUGAUGUGAGAGCUUGGAAAAAGAGGUUUUUUUAAUAACUUUGCACUAUUAAUUUAAUGAAUGCUGCUAGAACAAUGUCUUGAAUUUUAUAGACUUGGAUGAGGGAGGGAAGGAAGACAGAGAAUUACCUGUCGGAGAUCUGGCUGUUCAAGGAAUGAAGCCUGUUUAUAAAUACCUGUAAAUAUCUUGAUAUCUUAAAAGAUGAGUAAAAAGGAGUAUUGUUCUUGCAAGAAUUAGCCCUGUAAAGUAGAUAAGGUUGUUUGUGAAUAGACUGUCUACUGUUUCUUCUAGGCAGAAGGUCACUUUAAGCAAGUCUUCAGAGAAAAAAAGUUGUCCCACUUUAAUAUAGACAAUGUCAUUCACUUAAGGAUAUUUGUCUAAGUGUUAACUUUCAGUGCAGGUCUAAGCCAUAAUCAAUACCUGAGAUUCUGUAACAGCUUAAUCACAUUUUAUGCAUGGUAACUUCUAAACUUCUUGUGCAUUAAUAGUUUCGUGGCUGUGGGUUUCUGCACAACUUGUAGGGCAAUAAUACAUUACAACAUGCAGUAGGGUAGCAGAUAACUUUGUGGAGGACUUCAGUUUGUGGUAUGAAGAAGCUUUCUGACUUUCUGAAAAGUCAGCGUUGGUCAUGUCCUCCACAGACUCCGCCUCUGUCAGACAUUAAUUACCUGAAAUUGUCACCUGAAAAGAUCAGGAAAUCAUUACUCACCUGUUUGUGGAUUUGUAAUUUGCACUCAUUUUCACUUCAGCUGUUUCAAGUGGUCAUAUAUUGGAUGUCUUGGAUUUGAAGUCAUAUUUGUAAGUUGGGCUAAAAACUACAAAUUAUGUAAAAUUGAAGUAUGGCUUGUAAAUAGUGCUAUAGUUGGGAAGCUAAUUGGCAUGCAUGUCUAUGUUUAAUGGCUUUUUCUAGCAACUUUUUUAUUAGCAGCUCUGUAGUCUUGGAUAGCUGGUGUAUGCGUGUUCUUACAGUACUGAAUGCUGUCAGAGGAAAAUCUCUGAAAUGGGUCUCUGGUUUCUAAUGGUUGAAUUUGAACCGAAGAUUGGCUGUGACUCGUGCCUGAAGUUGUUGGGCUGUAACUGUAAGAAGUAGGGACUGACCAAUUUAUUGGUCAUCAUUGCAUCUAUUUAAGGUACAUUGCAUUGUAUAAAGAUAUAUUUUAACCUGCCCUUAGGUUAAAAACUCAAAUGCUGGCUGAAAUACCAGCCCUUGAUGACUGAGAGAAUUUAUGUAACUUGAUUCCUAUGUUCUGGAGAACAAUAAUAGGUCAGCAUAUUUCACUUUAUCAAGAUGUUUCAGUUAAAAUACCUCCCUAGCCUUCAUGAUAGCUAAUUAAAUCAACACUUCAAAAACCUUGCUUAUUUUGGUUGAGUAAUGCAGCAUUUCUGCUAAAUACAAAUACUGCUAAAUAGUGCUACUGUUCCAUAGGGUACAUUUGAUUUGAAUGAUGAACCUGUGUUAUAGUAAACAUUGGCUCCUCAAGCUCAGAAAUGCUAUGUGUCCUGCAGCUUCGAUAUGUCUAUUUCUUUACCCAGCCUUAAAUAUCAGAAUCGGUGUUGCUGUGAAGUUAAUAUCUAAAUUCACAUUCAAGAUGCACACAACCCUUCUUUCUUUGAAGGGAAAAGGGGAACUCUAAAAUGCUUAGACAAGUACUGGCUGUUGAUGUUGCUUCUGUAUGUUGUGUUUUGGUGACUGUCAUUACCUAGGUCAAAAGAUUUCAUGUUCUGUCAUUCAAAUACAGUAUGUAUCUAAGCUGUUGCAGUAUUUAACUUUCUUACUUUUUUUACAGUUAAAGCACUAUUACAUGUAUUGAUCUAUUUAACCAAUGAUUAUUGAUAUGGAUUUGGUACAAGUCAUAGCUAGAAGAAUGAACAUUUGUUCCAUGGAUACAACUUUAAUUGAAGAAAAGCUGCUUUUAGUAGUAAAGAUGCAUAUGUAUGGGGUCAGACAAAAUGUUUAUGUAUUGCUUGGAGACUUGCUCAAUAUGUAUGCAGUGAACAGAACGAGCAUAACUGCCUGCUGAACAGGUGGUCUGAACAAACAUCUUUUAACAGAUUUCAAUAAAAUGAUCAAUUAUGCAGAAAUCCAUGUGUUUUGGAUUGAUAUAGAAUGGGAUAGCUAUUCUCUGAGGUCUGAAGCUUAUGGAUUACUUGUAUUUCAAGAAUGUGUUCUUGUGUGUAGUCCCUCAUAUGAAUAGACCAGAUGGCCAAACAGAGGGAAGUAUAAAUGGAAACAGACCGAGAACUGGACUUUAUAGUGCUUAAAUGCCACUGUGAGGCUUGAACCCCUGCAUCGGGCAUGGUUGUGCUGCCGCCCCCUGGCAGCAAAGCUCAAAUGUUUGUCAGUAUCACUGCAUGUCUCGGUUCCCAUCAUCUCAUGAUUACCUUCAUGGGCACUGCUGCAAUCAAAGCAGCGUCAUUUGAGGUUGUUAUAUUGUG